GGGUCGAAGUCGAAGGUAGCGCUAAGGUUUCCACUCCUCUUAUCACUCUGAUUAUAAAAAUGUAUUGAGGGACGCUUCCCGAGGGCUGGCCGACGCUAAACGCUAAAAGGUAUGAAGUAGCAGACGAUUUUGAACCCUGGUAUAUAAAUAAUGGUGCAGGAUGAUGGGGGAUGAAAACCUUGGUCAGACGACGAAUGAGGCGUUGACGAUUCUCCAUGAGGACAUAAAGAAGGCGUUGAGCGACCACCACUCACCCCAGCCAUCAAAAUGGCAGUUUAUGAAGGAGAGUUUGGAUUAUAGGAAUGAACAUUCUACAUUUUCAUGCAUAUCAGCUUUUUUUGUUUUUGUAUCAGGGCUUAGUAUAAUUGUAACAUCAUUUUAUGCAGAAAAAAAUCUAUACGGUAAUUUAAUCGGUGAUGGGAUCUUAGUCAUUGCUAUAGGAAUAUUUAAUAUUUUUUUGAUAUGUUGGGAAAACCAGUUAAGACAAAAUGAAAUCCCUGAGAGAAUAAACAGCCUUCUUCAAUUUAUUAAUGAAUGUAAAGAGAGAUGCGUUUGGAGGCAUGACAAUUAUCCACAUUUAUGUUCUCCUUAUUCACCUUGCAUCACUCUGCAAUGGACAUAUCGAGAUGGAAAACUUGUUAAUCUUCCUUGGGCGCUUUUGUGUCGAGGUGAUGUCAUUAUAUUAAGGCCUGGUCAACCAGCCCCAGGAAACUGUUAUCAUGUGGAUAACAUUAGAAUGUUUUUAAGUUCGGGCGAAAUCUACAGCCCUCCUCAGAAACACGAUCAUAUCACGAUGCCUACAGCGAGAGUUCCUUUCAGUAACAAAAGAUUCGUACUUCAAGAAACACCUUUAAUCAGGAACAUCAAGGAAGUAUUGGAGGCCUCAAAAAAGAAAAAUAUAACUUGCUAUGAUAGACAACGAGAUCUGAUUAUGUCUCACUGUUUGCAGUACUUCGCUCUUCCAUUCUUUUAUAUAAUUACGAUCCUUGUGAAUCUUUUGCAUUAUAUAUAUGCCAGUCAGUGGAUCGGUUCUGGCCACUGGAGCGUCAUGUUUUUCUUGAUACCGGCCAGUGUGAGUCUCCCUUUCCUCCCGCUCUGCUUUCCUUUCUACUGGAUUGCCAUGCACACACUGGGAAAUGCGAAAUUGUCAGCAUUCCUUCAGUCGACAUCGGCAACUAAGUGUCAGGUGCAGAACUGCCACACUGCCGACCCUUUUGAAGAUAUCUCAAUUGCAGAGGAAACUGAGGAUUUCACUGUCGGCAUCAAAUGGGGACAGCAUUUUAUACACGCACUGUUUGGAAACCAACAUUCUCUCGCUCUCACACGCUCUUCCAACCCUUUACACAUACUGGGAUCAGUCACUGCCUUGUGUUGUGUUGAUAAGAAAGGGAUUCUUUCUUGGCCUAAUCCAACUGCUGAAAAAAUAUUCAUUCUGAAAACUUCUAAUGUAAAAUCUGGACCCAGCCGAAACCCCUCUGGAGAAGGUACCAUUGACGAUAAUGAUGUGUUUGAAGAUGACCCUCCUGUUCAAGAAGAUAGGAAACUUUCUAAACAAGAAACUUGUACGUCGAUAGAAGUCCUAGAUUUGACACACGAUCUUUCCUGUCCGUUCAAACUUGAGUUCGACGAUACUAAAUGGCAAGAGCAUCUUGGAUCACUGAAGCCGAUCGGACUUGCAAUUCUUUUGAACACAUGCAACAUGGCAACACAAGAACAUUAUAUACAGUUCUGUUCCCAUGUUACAUGUGAAGCGUUGUACAAUGAAGAUCUCGUUCCUGUAACUAAUAGAAGGUGUCCUCCUUGUGUUAAAGAAGUCUCAUCAAUGUUUUCAAACAAUAAAUGCUUGUGUGAACUAUCAAAACGUAUCGGUUUCACUGAAAAUGCUAAAAAUAAUUACACACUUCUUGAACAGUUGUCCACAUUUCGUCACGUUCAACCAGAGACUGUGCGGAGGGAUAUUAAGUUUGCGAAGUCACUCGCACUUGCCACCAAGCUCAAACUCCCUUUUCCACACAUGGUUGCCGUUGUAAUCGGUGAAGUCAAUGCACCGAAUUCUCUUCAGCUGUUUUCACAAGCAACAGGGGACAUCGCAUUGGAUUCAUGUGUCGACUUUUGGGACGGGUCAACUUUGCGGACUCUCUCUUCGUCAGACAGAAAAAAGAUUUUAGAUUUUUAUCAAAGGACCAGUUUGACUGCGUACUGUACAGCUUUUGCGUACCGUCCUCUUGGAAGAUCUGUUAAUUCAAAGCUCUCUCAUGUGUACAUGGAGCUACCCGCUGAUAGCCACACUUUGUAUGUUAAAAAUAGAAGCCCUACACCUUUGGACUGGAAUCUUCAUCAAUCAACUGACUCAUUAUUUGGGGCAGAAGGCAUUGAAGGUGAAAUCUCAGACAUCGAGAACUGCUUUGAAAUACAAUGCAAUCAGAUUUUCCUAGGCAUGGUAACAAUGCAGUAUCAGGCCCAGAUCGAAAUGGUCCAACUUAUAGAACAGUUAGAAAGGGCAUGCAUAAGAUUCGUUCAUUUUAGCAAAGAAAAUGAAUUGAGGUCGAGAGUGUUUUCAGAAAAAAUGGGCUUAGAAAGUGGUUGGAAUUGUCACAUUUCACUUUUGAGCAGUGAUUCGCCUGUUGAGCCGAGUGGUGAAGAACAAGAGGUAAAAGAAGGUGAAGAUUGGACCCAGGAGAAUGCCAUAUCACCACUUCUAGGAAACAACCUAUGUGGUUCUCUUGAAGGUUCAAGGAAUAUGAGUGUUUCCGCACCUUGCGCAAUUAACGCUGAAAUUGGAAAAGAAACCUCGGAACCAACACGGGCAAAUAAGGAUGAAGACUUGGUGUCGCAGGAAGGCUGGCAGUCUUUGAGUUGUCUCACAGACAGUACGGAGCAGAGCGCACCUAUCAACUUUGACAUGUCAAACCGGGCUAAAUUGCCGAGAGGGAUUGAACAGAUCAGACCACAUUUAGAACAAGUUGAUAAUGUUCCACUUCUUGUAUCACUCUUUACUGACUGCACGCCGUCAACGACACAGGAAAUGAUUGGUAUAAUGCAAGAAUAUGGUGAAACUGUUUGUGUUAUGGGAUCUUCGGCAAAUGCUGACAAUUCCACUGUUUUUCUCCAAGCCAAUGCCAGUGUUUCAGUUGAGCCACUUUACCCUCAAGUCUGUCAAAAAGUGCCCGUCUACAAUUCACCUACAGAUAUGGUGUCGCCGGUUCAACUUUCACAAAGGCUGAAUUCACUUCCUUGUUCUGUAUCAAUAACAAGACAAAGGCCAAUUUCCCUUUUUCAUCUCAUAAUGCAUGCUCGUCAUUAUAUGCAGUGUCUAUGGAAUUGUGUUCAAUUUUGGGUAUGUGGUGUCUUCACCAUUAGUGUUCUCCAAGUCAUUGCCACAUUGGCGAUGUUGCCUCCUUUAUUUUCCAUCGGCCAGAUUAUGUGGUUGUGCUGUGCUGUGAUUCCUGUGCUUGCGAUGUCACUUGUACAUUCACCAGUUUCAGCGCAAAUCAUGCAGAGGCCUGGACCAAAAAGUCAAUUAUACAUCAAUUCAGAGGUGGCGGUAUUUGUUCUUUGGUGUUAUGGUUUGAAGUUCCUUCCUAGUGUUCUGUUAGUUCCUUUAAUUUUUGGCGCUAUGUUGAGCAGCCAUUGCCAAAGCCUUGUUGCCCAAAAUGCCACCUUUACUAAUUUGACAUGUACUGUCGUUUACCCGAUACCAAAUUUACCUCUAGGAGGGUGGGAAAAAUAUCAUCACCCGCUUUCCAACGCUCAGCUUUUCGCUUCUACAUUAAUCACCUAUCAUUUAGUGAUGGUAUCUUUGAGUUUCGUUCAUAGGGAGUAUUUGUGCUGGCGACGGAGCCCUUUUAGAAACAAAUUUUGGCUUUUUACUUCUGUCGCCUUACUGUUCAUUCAAACUAUUUAUACAAUUAUUGCUGUUUUUUUGACCAACGAAGGACAAAAUUAUGAACUGGAUACACCGUGGAUAGCUAUUGCCUUAGCUUUUUCUUCACCUCUAGUUAUUUUAGUUGUUAAUGAAUUUGUCAAAUGGCAAGAAAUUAAGGCAAAUUUGAGAUAUGAAAAACGAGCCAGACUUGAUUUUGGAACAAAAUUGGGCAUGAAUUCACCGUUUUGAGUGUUAUUCUUCUUCUACGAAACGUACUUAGAAAUAUAUUUUUUUGUAAUACUCAGAACGAAAAAUAUAGUACAACAUAUAUUUUUUAAUUUAUGACUGAUAGUUUUUAAGGUAGAAUAAAUAAAAUAAAUUAUUUUAAUUAAACUGUAAUUUAUAAAGAUAAAAUCAAAUGGAAAGAUAUAUGUUCAUUAUAAGCUACCAUUAUUAUUUAU